AUGUCCGAGGGUUACGACGUGGAUGACAUUUUUGAAUGUGUCUCCCCAGUUAUCGAAAAAAGACCGAGAAAAUCUCGAAGACCAAGGCCACAGUCACAGCCAAAAAAGACCCCUCCGAAACCAAAGGUGCAAAGUGCAUCUUAUAUACCGGCAAACUGGACGCCUACAACAGAAGCCAUGUAUCAGAAAGCUUUGGGAUACGUGAAUAGUAGCCCCGUGGUAAGACAGCGAAACGCCCGCAAGGAAGCGGCAGCACACGGGUACGCGACAAUGAACAGAGUAUUGAUGGAACAAGCGAAAAGGAGAAACCUUGACAUGGUUACCCAAUAUAUAAAAACUGAAAAGAACGGACAGCAAGAAUUCGUUGAAACGAAAGUUCCUUGCAUUGGACUCUUCAAAGAAUCUGACUCUUCCGACUUAGAUACGCCUGGCCCGUCGGGGACCUCAACGCAAGCACCAAAACCGAGUGACCGUCGAUCAACUGAUUCCGAAAAUUCGAGCACGAUGAGCUCAAUCGUCUAUCCGACACAUGCACAAGUUUCCAAGCUAGGGUACAAUGACACAAAAUCGAGUAUUGGUAGUCCAAAUCGCGGCAAUUCGACGGAGUUAAUGCCAAAACCAACGCUCGGCUUGCCUAAGUUUGACAACGACGAAGCUGAGUACAUUUCAUCUGACGAAGAGCGAGAUGAAGCUCCACCACCGGAUUCCAUUUUUCACCAAACUUCUCUCCAUCGCCAACGUCGGAGUUCCCGAAAUGGAGAACGCACGAUCUACACUCCUCCGAGCACUCUUUCCGUCACGCCCGAUCCAUCAGCUGAUGAAAUAAGCGGUAGUUUCAUUCAAACAACUCCCUUGACAUCUCAACGAUCACCGGCACUUGAUACCUCACAGACGUGGGAUGAUAUGGACGGCUUCGAAGACCUAGUCAACGAAUCUAAUGAUUCAAAAGAGAUGGACAAUUCCGCAAUAUCCGCUGUCUCCCAUCAAACUGACAUAACUCAAUCUGAGCUUACUCACAACGACGACGAUGACGAGUGGGAAGACGAUGGACUCGAUGACUUCAUUAGUACUUUCUGCCAACAGCAAGAAGCGACCCAAAUAACAGUCGUAAGAAAUCCCACUUACUCCUCUCCAAAAUUGAAACAGACUGCUGAAAAACGAAAGCGGUCCGAUACCGAAAUAGACUCAAGAAAAAGAACCAAGUCGGAGAGCACCGCUAAAAAUGACAAGCCAUCCACCUCAAAAAUAUCUCCUUAUCAUCAAGAAACCUCUAAUUCCAGACCAAAACCUCCAAUAGCCAAGCCAGCUGCGAAGAAAGCCACAAUAGUCAAACUGGAACCCCAAAAUGCCGCCACGAAGGCGCCAAAAAUAGCACCAAUAGUACCUCCACCGGCUGAUACAGGAGAAGACGGAUUCGACGACGACGAUGAUUUCGAUUUCGACGCGCUCGUCGAGGAAAACGACAAGGCAGAAAAAGCAAAGAAAAAAUAA